GUAAUAAAUUCCCAUAGAUUAUCGAAUUUAAUAAUUUAAAAAAUACAUAUUGUUAGAGUAGUUACUUAAAAUGAUUGAUAUACUAUCAUUACCACGCCGUAAUAAUGUGGCAGCCAGCUUUAACCUGACCAAGCAGCCAAAUUACAAGACAGGCUUGCCGAUCAACAGUUUACCCGGCUGGGAGCAUAUACCGCUCAAUUGCAAGCUGCCCAUGCUCAAGUGUCCUGGCAAGCAGGUUAUAUUUUCUAUGGAUAAGAUUGGACAAACGUUCAAAUGCGAUCAGCUAGACUUCGAUUCAGCUGUAACAGAGCAUACGCGAGAGUAUAAUCCACUGCAUGACUCCAACCUGAAGACCUUCUACUCCAACGAGCGCAAUCUAAAGCGUUUGCGUGAGAACGGUGAAAUCACAGAUGACAACGAUGUUAUUUGCACAUUGAAGGAUUUCAAUCGUUAUCGCGAGGAUUUGCACAAGUCCCAGCUGUACUAUGUGCUGCAAGCGUACAGACAACGCGAAGAGGAGCACUAUGAUCGGCUGCUUAUAGCAAAUGCCGAAAGCAUUUCCAGGCGAGAUGCAAACAAUGCAGCGAGUCGACGUUCCACACACGAGGAGGUGUUGGAUCGCAAACGGCGCUUGGAAGAGGAGAAGCAUUUGCGCAAGCUACAAUUGGUGAAUAUAACCGAGGAGAAGUUUAAGCGACUGGAGGGCAUGACAGCGAUGCAACAUAUGCUGCUCGAGCAUCGUAAAAUGUUGACCAAUAUGCGCAUACAGACGCAUUUGAAUCUGCACCAGGAUCUGCAGCGCAAGCACUUGAUAAAGCUGAAGAAACUAUUUCAGUUCAAAAAAGAUCGUUAUAAUAAAAAUGUACGUCAUUUGCACAAGCAACGUUUGAGCAAACAUACCGAAGGACAAAUGCAAUCCUGGCACAAGCGACUGGACGAGCGCAUUGCGCAUCAAUUUCGCAUACAAGUGUUGCUGCAAGAGCUGGAAAAGGAGCGCGAAAAGUUCAUUGCGAGCCAUAGGGCCAAGUACGUGGCUAUGUGGCAUGCGUUCCAGGAGAAGAUCAAAGAGCGUACGCGUCAAAGGGUCAAAGAGCGUCAGCCCAAGCGUCGCGUCAAGAAACGAAAUCCCAAGAAAGUGCAGUCUACAUUCUGUGAUGAGUAUCAGGCCACGUUUGAGGGUCUGCUGGACAGUCAGCUUUGCUAUGCAUUGAAUGCUGCCAUGGCAAUGGAAGGGCAGACGCCAGUGACCUUUGCGCCAGACGAUCCCAUCUAUAAGGCAGCCCAAUAUAUACUCACUCACAUCUUGCAUGAAUUCAAUGAGGAUUUGAGCGACGAUGCUUGUGCUAUGAGUGUAAUCUCUACGCGCGUUACGGACUUCCUCUGCGAUGCUAAGAAAUAUGUGCAUACGAAAGCAACGCAAAUCAUUGAUUUUGCGCGGGAUAACAACAUCAUGGAAGCCAUACCACCCACACUGAUGAAGACAUCGGAGCAACCGCCAAAGAAUACAGCACGUGUUUCACAUGUAUCCUUUAGCGGCGUUGCCUGCACCAUUGGCAUGGGCAGCUAUGAGAUACAUCCCUUCGUCGAUGUGCGUCCCUGCACAGAGCGACGACCCACGCCCGCGGGUUCGUUGGCCUCGCUGGUGGUUAGCCACAUUGGCGAGCAGGUUAUACAGGAGAAGGUGCGGCUGCCGCAUUUGAACCGUAUGCAGAUUGUCUUUAUUGAGCACUAUUUGGUCAAGUUCAAGCGGGAGCUGCUAGUGGGAUUGGAUAAGCAAGUGUUCACCGCCAUACAGUGUCACUUUGAGAAUCGCAUUAUGGAGGUGCGUGAGGAGCUGCUCGAGCUGGAUAAGACCUUUUUGUAUAAGCAAAUUUCUAAUGGUAUACUAAGUUUUGCCACCAAUCCCUUUAAUUAUCGAUCUGCACUCAUGCUGGCCAUAAGCGUGCUUUCAAGUGAAAUAAUUUGGGAGCUGCAGCAGUCCCUGCUCAAGCCGGGCAUAGAUCCACGUGCCAUGACCCACCCCAUUAGCUGUGGCACAGAUCGAGAACGCGAGCAGCGCGCUUUUUGUUCCACUUAAUUGCAAUUGCUGUAUACACAAACACUCUGGGUGCUAACAGUUGUUGUCUUGUAUGUUUAACAAAUUCUAUGUGAAAUAGUAAUUGUAAAAGGUAAAUUACUUACCGAUUUAAAGUAU